GAGAGCACGCGUGAUAUGCGGGACAUCUCACUGCGAAACGAAAACAAAAAUAAUAAAAAGUCUACACUAAAUAGCUUAAGCGAAAUCAAACAGCGUAAAUAACUAAAAUACUUUAAUCCUCGCUUUCAAUCACGUGACUCAGAGACGCUCGCGUGACCUUCGCGUACACGCGCAGCGCCAAGCAAUGGCUGAGAGUGGCGCUAAAGAAGAUAAAGAGCGCGAGAGUGACGCGAAGGACGAGAACUAUGGCUAUAGUCUAUAUCCCGAGCGAAGCGGCGGCAAGUACAAGCAGGGCUCGAUCGGGGAGAGCCUCUUCACCUUCAAGCACAAGUGUCACAUCAUGCUGCAGUUCGCCAUGGACACUAGCCCGUAUGCUAAGCUCCUGCUGGCCGCGAUGAGAAGCUCCGGCUGUGCGGUUCAUAAAGACCGGCACUUCUCGUGUGAGGACUGUGACGGGACGGUUAGUGGCGGGUUCGACGCCGCCACCUCUCAGAUCGUCCUGUGCCAGAACAACAUCCACCAGCAGGCUCACAUGAACCGCGUGGUCACGCACGAGCUAAUCCACGCCUUCGACCACUGCCGCGCGCGAGUCGACUGGUUCAGCAACCCCAGACACCUGGCCUGCUCAGAGAUCCGGGCCGCCAAUCUGAGCGGAGACUGUUCCUUCCUCAACGAGGUCUCCAGAUUCAACUUCGGCCUCAGAGAACACCAUCAGGAGUGUGUGCGGAGUCGAGCGCUGCGCUCCAUCCUGGCGGUGCGUAAGGUGAGCAGGGAGGAGGCAGAGCUAGUGGUUGACGAGGUGUUUGACAGCUGCUUCCGAGACCACGCCCCCUUCGGGCGGAUCCCACACACCAAGAUGGACGCCAGGUUCUCCUUCAGGGACUUCGAGAGCCGCGACCGCUACCAUGCUAACCUCUGAUCACACGCG